AUGCUUCCCUCCCGCCUAAAAGUUAUACGCCAUCAGGAGGACAUCUCACCUUCGCAACAUACUAUCAGGUCAACGGAACAUCAUUCAGCAAACCAGAUUCACUCUUCUCCCACCCUCCCAACCACUUCUGAUGAUGAUGCAGAAGAUCUCUUAACUAGUUUUCUCCCACAUCUCUUUCCUGAUGAAGCGCCAUCAUGUCUCGGAGAGCCUGGUCAAGCGCUAGCAUACGAGUCAGGUCUGUGGGGUGAUGUGACCGUUAUAGUUCCUGAUUACCCCAAACGAGGGGAAGAGGAGGACAGGCUUGGAAAAGGAGGAGGGGUUGAGGAGGGGAGACGGCUCUUUGCGCAUUAUUUGUGGGGUGGGGGGUUGGUUGUCGCUGAAGGAAUCGAAAAAGCGACGGCUGCUCAAGGCGAAAAGGAUACCAUUUGGUGCGUCAACGGAGAAAGAGUGUUGGAACUCGGCGCAGGGGCGGCUCUACCCUCACUCAUAAGCACUCUAGCUGGUGCCGCCGAAGUUACCAUAACAGACCAUCCUUCCUCUCCGGCCCUCUACGGUGCUAUCCAAGCAAACGUCGCCAACAAUAUCCCCGAACACCUCCGGUGCAGAGUAUCCAUACAGCCCCAUGAAUGGGGCAUAUUAAACCCAGAUGAAGUAUCUUCUCAUUCGAAAGAAAACGCAGCACUUCACCUACAUCCAAAGAUAACGUCCCCCUUUAAAUUCGCCCUGGACAAUAAGGGCUCCUUUACAAGAAUUAUAGCAGCGGACUGUCUGUGGAUGAGGAAUCAGCAUGAGAACCUUGUGCGGAGUCUGUUGUGGUUUCUUGCGCCUCCAUCACCGUAUAUCAAUGAAAAGGGAGCUAGGGAAGGAGGAGUAGCUUGGGUUGUUGCGGGGUUCCAUACCGGAAGAGAAGUUGUUGCAUCAUUCUUUGAGACUGCAGUGUCGAAUGGUUUGGUUGUGGAGAGGAUAUGGGAGAGGGAUGUCAAUGCCAGGAAUGAGGAGGGGGAGGUUACCAGGGAGUGGAUGCCUGUGAGGCCGAGGGAGGGACCGGAGAACAGGGCAAGGUGGUGCGUGGUCGCGUUCUUGAGAAAGGGGAUAGACUAA